GGAAACACCCUGAGUGUCCUUGUAACUCCUAACUGAAUAAUGCACACAGUGCCUAACUCUUCAGGUUGGUUGGGCACUAUAUCAAUAAAAUAUUAUUAAUUUAUCAUUGAUAACAAAAUGUAAAAAAAAAAUACAUUCAAAACUUUUUGCAUAAUUAACACAGCCAGCUGAACAGAAGAUAAGCAGAUAUUUUAUACCAAAGAUGCAUUUAAAUUGAAAACACUCCAGUGUCAUUAAAACUGUAUAGAACUAUUUUUACAUUUCAAUUAAACCAAUAACAAACACAAUGAUGUCAAAUAACUAUCAACACAAAAAGUUACCUGGUGAGGUUUAAAUUAAUUCAUUGUGCCACACAUGAGUAGAAAGGAUACAUAAACAUAUGAAGCACAAGGUCAUAAGAGUAUUCAGUACAAUGGGAUCUCUCUUGUAAGUCUUCGCAUUUGUUAAUUAUCUAUUUAACACCAUCAGUUUGUAAAUAUUUGACAUUUUUAUCAACUACAUACAUUUUAUCAACAUUUAAACAUUUUUAUUGCCUUGUGUUUGUUAUCCUGGUAUAUUAGUCAUUCUCUUUGGUUUUUCUUUGCUGGUUAUUUUACUUUGGCUGAAUAUUUCUAGAACAUUUCAGCAGGGAUCCAUGUGAUAGGACAAAGCUGGGUGUGUCUGCAAUGUCAGGAUCCAUGCUGGUUAUGUUUUAUAGUGAAGGGUGUGUAUGUAUUUGUCAUUGUAGCUCUCUGACACAGCAGAGUGGGCAGAAGAAAAUGUUUUGCUUGCAGCCGUAUUAGAACAAUACAGGGUUCAAGAAUAUGUCUUUAAGAGAUUAAAAUGUAUUCGAUAAUUCACAAAACAUAACUACUUUUGUAAUGCGAAUAAUGAAAAUAUUUUUAUAUAAUUCAUAACAUUUACAUAUCAAUUUUACAGUAUCAAUACACCUGUCCAUCCACUGUUUAACUACACCAUCACAGGUAAUGUAAAUUUAAUUGCCUGUACACACAAAUAGAGCAACACUGUACUGUACUGAUGUUUUCUGUGAAUUUAAUCGUUGAUCUGAAUCGUGGUUUGUGAUUGUGUUAAAGUUAAAGCUUUAAAAUGUGCACUAUAUUUUCAGUACCUGUGUUGCUUGCUGGACAGGUGGAACUGCUGAAUGAAAGCAAGGAAAGCUUCAAAAUCAGCUAAAAAUAUCAUUCAAAACUUUGGCAGAUAAAUAAUUAUCAUCUUCAAGUUGCCUGUCAUCUGUCAGACAAAAUACUUCUGAAUUCUUCUGUCAGAACAACAAGUGUUGUUUCUUACUAAUGCUAAGCUAACUUUAAAUGGCAAAACCACGAACAUUAGAAAUUUUAUUGUUUUUAAGUUUUGCUUUGAUUCUGAAGUUUGAAGUGAAUACAUCAGUAGCAUCAUUUUAAUUUUUGUUUUUACAUAUUCUUUUAUUCUUAGCUCCCAAUGUAUUUGUAUAAAAACCCAACGUUCUUUAUUUAUAUGUUGUGUUAGAUUAGAUUUUAUUUUAUCUGUUAACUCAAAUCUCAGUUUAUUUCCUUGGGUGCCUGGGUAUUUUGUGGUGCUGGAAUUGCAUUCAAUAAUUUCUGAAGGAAUUGUGACGCCUUCCUUAACACUGUUCUCUGUUGCUGACAGCAACAGUGAAUGCAUUUUUUUUGUAUCAAGAACAAACAGUACAAACACUCCAGCAGAAAAGACUGUUGAGUUUGUACUGCUAAGUGGUCGUUGAAGUUCAGUUGGAAUGCGACAUGAUCAGAAUUUUUUUUUUUUUUUUUGGCUGUGCUUCUUACUAUUAACAGAUUCUGAAACUGAUUUAGUAGCACAGUACUGUCCUGAAAUAGGUCGGACAGGCUAAAUGGACAGCUUUUAAUAAAUAGAUCUGUCAGCAGACAUGAAGUAGAAAUCACAUCACUGACUGUUACUUGAAGUGUCACGUAACGAGUGUCAUAUAACUGUCAAAGAAAUUCUCUGUCUUUACUGGGUUUUUUGUGACAACAGACAGUACUAGGUGUUGCAGUUUCAAUGAUAUUUGCAUCAACAUUUUGUGUUAAAUGCAAAUGUGACUCAGGGCAUUCAUGACGUGCAUGUAUUUAAUGGCUAUAAUGAGGUUUAAAUUCAUAAUCAUACUGAAAACCAUUCCCUCAAAUUUCCUGUAAUUGAAUAGCAGUGGGUAGAAAUAUUUGCAGGGGGCACAGAGUGGAUGAAAUCUUAGAAGCAGAGCUGCAGGAAGUAAAAUCUUGGGUGAGCCAUGUGUAACAGUUUUUCAAGUGUCCGUCUAAUACAAGGUGUAAAAUCAAGUGCUACUCAAGUUUUUAACAGCAGAGAUAUAAAAAAAAAAGAAUGAAAAAGCUACAAGGUGUAUUAAUAUUGUGAUUGUAGCUCACUUGAAGCUAUUCUAAGCUGUUCUUAUGAAACUGAUAGGCUGUUGAAACGCUCUCCUUUUUAAGUUUGUGUUAUUAUUAUUUGUUUCGGAGCUGGACUUAAGCUCCUGAAAGGGGCUAACCUCUGGGAAUGCUCUAGUUUCAAAGGUCGUAUGUUUCAGUCAUGUCUCCAAACGGAACCACUGACCUCCUCUGACUUAAAGCUGAGAUCAGCUUGAAGAGGAAUGUAGGUUGUCACCAGAGCUAUUUUGGCAAUGUACAGCCGCUAAUGAUUGUGAUCAUAGAGCAGAGCUCAGAGCAGUUGCUUUUUUCCCCAGCAAGCAGGUUUGAUCAUGCAGCUCUCACUGGCGCUUCAGGGAUUAGAGAGUUAACGGAUGGCACGUCGGCUCCGCUUGCAUUUUGCGUCAAGGAGAAGCAACACGGACCCUCUGUCAGAAAGCCUUAGUAGUCAUGGUGAGGACAGUGGAGACACCCUUUCUUCUCUUAGUCCUGUUGAGAGUCUGGCGCACAGUUCUGUCCACUUGAAGGUGACUCCUUUGUCACCGGACUAUGCUAAUUUACCUCGGUAUUCUUCAUUAUUCAUACCCCGGGUUAAUUGUGGAAGAUGCAAUAAGAAGAACAUUCUGCGAAUCUCUCUGCAACCCUGCGGAAAAGUCAGCAGAGAACCAGAUGGCCAUACAGAGGUUGAGGACCUAGGAGUAGGUGAAGGAGGAGCUGGUAGUAGCUUUGAUGGGGGCUCGUGCAACAGCAGUAUGGCUAGUGAUGCAGGGUAUUGUAGCAGCAAUAGCAUCUUUGAGCCAGAGGCUGGAGAAAAACAAAGGAUCACUAAGACGAGAAGUUUACCACGCUCCAAAUCCAAGCUCCCACUGAGGCGGUGCUCCUCUUUGGUUAUAUUUCCAAAGAGUCCCAGCAGUACACCUCCUGCCUCUCCAAUAAAUUAUGUGGCUCUGCCUCCUCUACCAGCGUCCAAAGAGUGUCAUCAGUCAUCGCUUCAUACUUCUGCCAACGAAUUCUCACCGAGUGAAGAGAAAAUUACUUGCAAAGGGUCCACCAAUACAACAGUAAUUGACCAUUGUCUCCCAAAAGGAAGCUGUUCUACUGACUUUACGGACUCAAAACAUACCGUGAAAUUAAAUAUUCCUCUACAGGAUGAACCAAACUGCAUAAUGGAUAUGAAGGGAAAAGUUAUAGAGACAUUAUCAAUGGUGGACAGGUCAAAUCGCCAUUCUAGUUGUGUACUGCUACACUUUGCUCAACAAAGACCAAAGGGAGCUACAACAGCUGUAAAUGUGGAGUAUCCUAAGGCUCUUUGCCGUACAGAACAUCCCAAAGGAGAUCAGGAAUCUUACAAAAAGCUACAUCGAAGUACCUCUGCUUGUGUUUUUUCCUCAACUAGACAAUCGGAAGAAAAAAAAGUACUCUGUUCUAAUGAAGAGAGACAGGAAAAAGCUGGUGAAUUAUGCUGCAAUCGAGCAAUACAAAGGAGUAUUUCUCUGGAAGUUCCAUAUCAUAACACAGGAAUUUCAUGUCAUGUUUCGAAUGCAAAACUCAGUAGCCCUUGCUCUCCGCAUGUACACAUUCAUUUGUCUCCUUUUUAUCCAUCUAAGUUACCAAGCUCUGUUAUUGAUGUAAACCAAACCAACAAUGUCCCAAAGAGCACCAGUGAAAGCACCAAGGUAAGUGUUUUAUUUCAAGGCAUUUGAUGCGCCAAGUUAACAGCCAAGUAGCCUCAAAUAUUUACGACUGCUGUACCAUGUCACAAACCUGAAACUUGAAAAAUGUUUCAGGAUCGGUAGAUCUAAAGGCUCUGUGAAGAAACAUUUGACUUUUCUCUAAUGUUGUUUUGCUGGUUAGAUAAUAUUCCCUACUGUGAUAAUUUGACCACCCUGCUGACCAUUUCCUGACAUAUUGACAUUUUUAUUUAUUUAAGUAAAAAGUAGUAAUAGUAGUAAUAACAGAAAAUAAUGUCAUCUUCUUUGGCCAUUCCAAUGAAGUAAAAUUAUGUUUAUUUAGCGUUAGCCAGUAGAACCACCACAAGAAUAACAUUAAGUAACUGAGAAGAUGGCUACAUCUAAGUCAUGCAAUUAACAAGCCCACUGUGGACAAACACUCUGAGGUAUUUAAUUACAUAUAACCUAAUGUGGUUGCCUGUUAGUUUCCAAGAAAAGAGUGAUCAGGACAGGACGCUCAUUCAAGAUCACUCUUGAAAUUAUGUUAAACUCCAUUUAUCUCUUUUACUUUUUUUUUCCACUUGUGCUAUCUGUGAGUAAUAGUCCAAAGUAUUUACCCAAGCUAAUUAUAGAAGUGGGAAAAGCAGUACCCCUUGCUGAUAUAAAUAACAAGCUUCUGAAAUAUUCCCCUGACUCCAGAUAGUCUGCCAGUUCGUAGCACUGCCCAGUCGUGUGGAAUCAAAUUUAACUGCAUGACACUAGAGCAGGACAUAGUCAUGUCAGCCAUCUGUGGAAGCUCUGUGUGUGUGUGUGUGUGUGUGUGCAUGUGUUUGACUUUGUGUGUGUGGUGGACAACUAUAUCAGCAGGGUAGAGUAUGAGCUGGAGCAUUUCUCUGUAAAAGUAUGGAGUGUACCCUUCCCUUGAAGCCCGCUUGCCAGGCAAUGUUUGUAAAAUAUCAGGUGUCAGCCUCCCCCCUGUGUUUAGCAAGCUGACAAAUAAGAAGGUCUCUUCCAGUAAUUUGCUGUUCUGCCUCAUAUUACAAUAUUUAGCUUCAUGUUAUUUUUUUCAUUUCUCUAUUUGGUUUGACAUUUUCAUUUUUAAUUACAUGGAAGAACAAAACAAUAAAAGUGGCAUUGUUUAACAUGUAGUUACACCUAUAAAGGUGCUCAGAUGUUAUGUAGAGAAUACCUAUGUGGUUUUCGGAGUUGGAUAUACAAGUUUGAUUAUUUUUAAAUCUCAGACAAGAUCCUACCAUGUCUACCUGCAUGGACUCUAUUGAUCCUGAUCAAUAAUUUUUUUUAAAUAAAUUUAUGACCUGAACAUGAAAAUCUCUGGGCUGCCUAUGACAUCAUUAGUUAAAGUGAGACCGCUUAAAGGGGUUUAGUUUGGUACGUUGUUCUUAUCUGUGUGCUCUCAUAACUCCAUACGUCCAGUCAUCAGUUAAAAAAUAACCAUGAAACUAGUCAGGUGAAAAUGACUCACAAUUUCCCUCUGUGUUGUAAACCAUCUAAGUCCAAAAAUUGCAGAAACCAUAAUUAAGAUAUUGUUUAAGUGAUACAGCAAGACAACAAGUUUAAAAACUCCUCCUCACCAUCUAACAUACCCAGUGCAAACCUAAUUAUAUAAACAAAUAUAAAUAAAUCACAUCCAACAAACAAUUGCUUUUACGUUUCUUAAAAUAUUACUAAUUAUGUUCUGGUAAUAACAUUAGCUGUUUGUCUCUCUUUGUUUCACAAGCUGCUGUCCACCUGUCAAAAGCAGUUUAUUGUUGCCAAACUUAAAUGGAGUGGUGCUCUACUGAUACCAAAAUGUGUUUGUAGCAAUCUACCACAGCUGUGUGCACUACAUGGGCAAGUUGUUUUUAUAAUUAUUAGUUAGUAAUUUUGAUAUUUAGUCAAACACGUGUCUGUUUGGCACUUUAGUCAGCUGGGAUGUUAAUAGUCACAAAGCAUUGUCCCACAACACAGUGUUCGACUUUCUGAUUCCCAAGGCUGUUUUCAAGGCGUUCUGUGAACAGUUAAGUUGAAGUGUUCAAGGAAAAGACAGUGUUUCUGACUUGUGCUCUAAGCUUUUCAGUCGGUUCCAUAGUGUAGCGGUUAGCAUACCUGCCUCG